AUGGCUUCCUUACUAUCCAGGCGUACCUCGCACAUCCUCCUCGUCCUUCUUGGUCUCUUUCUAGCAGGUACCAUUGUCGUCCUUACCACCGCCAACGCCUACUUCUCUAUCGACUCUUCAGCAUACAUCCUGCCUGAAGAACUAGGAACAUGGCAAGAGAUCCAAUCCGGUGCUUCUCCCGACGGUCCUGAUGGUUGGGCAGCACGAAUUCCUUGGCUUGCCAAAAUCACCCAUCCCUCCCCCACCUCUUCCAUUAACUCCACCCCUGCUUCUGCCCCAGUUGAGGAGGGGGAUGAAUUGAUCGCCCCACCCCAACCUUGGCGCGACAACACUCCUAAGCAAUGGGAUCCUAGCAAUCCUAAGGAAAAAAUUCCUCGAAUCAUCCAUCAAACAUGGAAAGACAAACAUCUUCCACCAAGAUGGCAAGCAAUUCGCGAUGAAUGUGCAGCGAUGCAUCCGGAUUACGAGUACAAGCUCUGGACCGACGCCGACUCGCGCAAGUUUAUCGCAGAGCAUUAUCAUUGGUUCUUGCCAGUGUUUGAUGGCUAUCCCUAUCCGAUCCAGAGGGCUGAUGCGAUCCGAUAUUUCGUCUUGCAUCAUUAUGGAGGAAUCUAUAUGGAUCUCGACAUUGGCUGUUUGCGUCGAUUCGAUCCUCUCCUCAGAUUCGAAGUAAUCCUUCCCAAAACAAUCCCAGUGGGUGUUUCGAACGACGUAAUGCUCUCAGCUAAAGGUCAUCCCUUCAUGGACCAACUCAUUCAUAAUCUGGUGACCUUCAACCAUCAAUAUUUGACCAACUAUCCAACGGUCAUGUUCAGUACCGGACCCAUGUUUGUUUCCGCCAGCUAUGGAUUGUAUGUUGACGUUCACGGACCUGCGUUCCCGAGUACGCCUAAACAGCCGGAAGCGGGCUUUAAGGGUAUAAGAGUCUUGCCCAAGAGUCUGUACGGGAAGAAUGUGAAGCCGAAAGAUGCACCCGAUUCAUUCUUUAGCCACUUUUAUGGCUCAAGUUGGCAUGCGAACGAUGCUGGAUUUUUGAUCUUCUUGAGAAAGUACGGAAGGCUCUUGAUCUUUGUUGGGUUAUGUGUGGUGCUGUAUGGAUUGUUUAGGACGCUACUGCCUAGUUUGGUGUGGAGGUUGGGAUAUAGAGCUGGAUUCGGUAGGGGCGGGGGGAGGAGGAACCAGAGGGGGGAGGCAAGGUGGAUUGGUCUGCCGAUUGGGACUAGUUCAAGAUCGUUAUCGAGGCGAAGGUCGAAAAGGAGAUCUACGACGGAUGAAGAUCAAAGUGUGCCCUUGACGGAUGUGCAUGAUACUGUGGGAAGCACGAGUGCUGCGAAUCCGAACUCUAGGCUGUCUAUGCCUGCUCCGAGGCCAACACGGUUAAGUCUGCCGUUGUUCCAGUUACAAGAUCCCGAACCCAUCGGUGGGGGGAGACAAGAUAGUGCUCCGCAAAGUGUGCUGGCUUGGAUGGGUCAGACACUCAGCCGGCCAUCGAGUAGAGGAGAUGCGAUCAGUGAAAUGGAGGCAAACUCCGGUGAUAACUCUCCAAGUAAGAAGAAGGGAGUCCUCUAUCUACCCGCAUACUUUGUCAGAGGGGAUGAUGGGAGUAGUACAGGAAGUCAACAGUUGAGUCCCAGUAGUAGUGCUUCUUCUCAACAACUUGCUGCAACGGCGCAAAACGGUGGGAAUGGGCUGUCUCCCCUAUCACUUUCUUCUUUUGGACCUGGAUCCGGCGGAAGUAAUGGAGUUGUGGGCGCAGGACAGAGCUUAGGUCAAUGGGCAUCUUCGUUACUACUACCAGCGAAUUGGCGAGGUCCAUCACCAGCACCUUCUCAUGGCUCAAGACGGUCGAGGCUGAGUGUAGAUUUGGAAUCACUUGGGUCUCAGGAAGAUGAGAGGGAAGAUACUUGGCGUGGCAAUGGGGCGGAACAGCAGUCGCUGAUUGAAGGCGGAGGAAGGGUCAGUGGAGAGUACGUUAGGGCGAAUGGGAAGGGGAAAGCAGCAAUGCAGGCUCUGGAAGAUGCAAGGAAUGAAUUUGCUCAACGAGGGGAUUUGGCGAGGACUCCGCCCCCGCCGCCGCCGUAUGAGGAUGCUGCGCUCAUGGGAAGGAAUGCGGAUGGGGAGUUUGUGGUUGAGGAUAAGCAGGGGGUCUGA